AUGGCUGUACUAACGGAAUGUGGAUGGUUACUGCCCAUGUCGACUAUAAUAGCUCCUCUGAUUAUUCUACGAUUUCUGCGUGGCGGAUUCUCGCAUCCACAGCUGAUUUAUGUACCAUUAGCCUUGGCAUUUACUGUAACUCGAUUCGACUGGAAAACUGGUUCACCAUUUGGGCUACCUGAUCAGAUGUCCCCAGCAACAUUGUUUCCUCUGAUUCUUUAUAUUCUCAUGGUUUUCUAUCCAAAGUGGCUUGAACUGUAUCUUAAAAUGAGUUUUGUGAUGGCAUAUGUUGCUCCAUGGCAGAUAAGUUGGGGAUCAGCAUUCCAUGCUUUUGCUCAGCCGUUUUCUAUACCCCAUUCUGCGUUGAUAUGGACCCAGACCGUAAUAUCGAGCCUUAUAAGUGCCCCGCUCAAUCCUUUCUUAGGUUCCUCCUUCUUUACGACCUCGUAUGUUCGACCUGUGAAAUUCUGGGAGCGAGAUUACAAUACGAAGCGAAGUGACGCAUCUAAUACCACUCUUGCUUCGCAGAUCGACCGUGGACCAAUGAUGGAUGAUAGCAAUUUGAAUGCCGUAUUUUAUGAACAUUUGACUAGCUUCUAUUUGAAUUGUCUUGUUCACAUAAUCGAAGUGGGCAACGGGUUCGUCACGUUCCAGCUGCGUGGUCUCGAGUUCCGUGGCACGUACUGCCAUCAGAGAGAGGUGGAAGCGAUAUCUGACGAUCAGACUAAAGGAACGGGCUGUUGCUGCUGUGCUCCUGGAUAUCUUCCAGGUUUCCUAUCGCUGAAUACCGCUUGGAGCUUACGCUGGCUCGCUUGGGAGGUUGUCACGGGAAAAUAUAUUAUAGAUGGUUAUUCGAUUACCGACAACUCGGCCGUUAAUUUACUCCAAGUUCAUGAACUGAGACGCCUUCUAGUUACCCUAUAUGUGAAAUGCAUAGUGUACUAUGCUCUUGCGUCGAACAAGUUGCAGAAUUGGUUAGCCAAUGAAACUGUGGUAAGAAUAGUAUUUUUUUUUCGCGAAUGA